AUGGCGCUGAGAGCUCAACAGCAGACGAUGACCAUCGCCCCUCUAGACCCCCAAGAAGAUAUUGGAGAAAGUGGUUGUCCUGCGGAGCACCUCAUUCCCAUUUCACUCGACAGUUUUGAUCCAUCUAGAAUGGUCCAAAUUGGGUUGUCUCUAACAUCUCCACUACGGGACGAGAUUGUGAACCUCCUUCGACAAUAUGCAGACGUCUUCACAUGGUCCCAUGAAGAUAUGCCUGACAUCGACCCAAAGUUGAAAGGGAAGCAGGUCGUAGACCGGACAAAGGAAUGCGAGAUGGCUUUUCAACAACUCAAGCGGUACCUGGGGUCGCCACCAUUGCUUUCCAAACCUGAUAAAGGGGAACCGUUGUUGUUGUAUUUGGCAAUUUCAAAUGCGGCAAUCAGCUCGGCCUUGAUUAGGGAACAUGGAGGGAAGCAACUCUCAGUGUACUACGUGAGCAAGGCCUUGAUCUCAGUCGAAAUAAGGUUUGGAAUCCCUUGCAUGAUUGUUUCUAAUAAUGGAAAGCAGUUCGAUAACAAGCAAUUCCAAGGAAUGUGUGAAAACCUCGGGAUUCAGAAUAUUUACUCCUCACCACAACAUCCACACGCUAAUGGACAGGUCGAGGCGGUCAACAAGAUCAUCAAACAUCAUCUCUGGACCAAGCUCGAGAAAGCUAAAGGAGCAUGGGUAGACGAACUCCCCAACGUCCUCCUAGCGUACCGAACUACAACCCAGACGGCCACUGGGGGAACCCCUUUUUUCUUAGCCUUCGGAGUUGAAGUCGUCACUCCAGUUGAAAUUGAGCUCCCAAUUGCUUGGAACGGAUCUUAUGAUGAACAACAAAAUUUUAAGCUAAUGGCACUGGAUCUCGACCUUCUCGAGGAAAGAAGAGAACAAGCUCGGAUUAGGACUGCAAUCCGACAAAUGUAA